UUGUUUUUUUAAUUCUCCCCAAAACACCUCUCCGCUUUCCCCCGCAGGCCCGCACACAAUACUUUCUUGUUUCCUGUUUAAACCCUAGAAUCCCGAAACACAGAAAUCAAUGGCGGAGAAAGAGGAACUUACAGCUGAACAGAAGAUGAUUGAAGAGAAAGUGAUAGAGAUUCUCAAAAGCUCCGACAUGGACAAGACUACCGAAGCUAAGGUUCGUAAAUUGGCUUCGGAGCAGCUAGAUCUCGAUCUCUCUCAACCUGAUUACAAAUCAUUUGUGCGCGGAGUUGUUAAUUCGUACAUUGAGCAUCUAGAGGACCAGGAAAAUCAAAAGGAAGAGCAAGAAGAGAAAGGAGAGGAAGAAGAAGUGGUAGCAGAGGAGAAUGAAGAGGAAGGAGAGCAAGGCCAAGGCGCGAUGGAGUAUGAUGACAACGGCGAUCUCAUCAUUUGUCGUUUAUCGAGUAAGAGGAGGGUAACCUGGGGAGAGUUUAAAGGGAGAAACUUUCUGUCCAUAAGGGAGUACUACGACAAAGAGGGAAAAGAGUUACCUUCCGCUAAAGGAAUAGCCUUGACUGCUGAGCAGUGGGCAUGCUUGAAGGAGAACGUUCCUGCUAUUGAAGAGGCCAUCAAGAAAAUCAGUUCAAGUUGAGCUGAUAGUUAUGCACACCUGGAUAUAUGGUGUAGAUGUGGUCAUUGAUGGGUAUUAGGUGAUUGGUAUGUCAUAAUUUUGUUUCGAUGCCCUAGGAUUAUGUGGUGUUUUGAAAAUUUCAGAUAAUCAGAUGUAGCAAUCAAAAGACUUUGUAUCGCAUUACAUGACCAAUGUACCCAAUCAGUCUAGAAAUAGUGACGACUAACAUCACUUGCCUAGUUGCAUGACAUUUCUGUUAAUAUAUUAAUCUUCUUUGGCA